AUGGUGGUAAACAAAGCCAUGGUCUUCAGACAAAUUCCUGAAGGACUCCCAGUGGCAGGCAAAGACUUGACGAUCGAAGCCAUUGCCGACUACGAUGGAAGCUCGCCUGCGCCGGCCGGGGGAGUAUUGGUCCAAGCACAGUAUGCAAGCUUUGAUCCAUACAUGAAGGGACGCAUGCGACCAGCGCACAUCAAAUCGAACGCUCCGGCCUUUGAGCUGAAUAAGCCGCUAGUGAGCCAGUGCAUCGCCAGGGUCCUCCAAUCGAAUCACCCCAAGUACAAGCCCGGCGACCAGGUGAUUGGGGAGCUCCCCAUCCAGCAAUACAUCUCUUUAAGCUCGGCGGAGGAGCUGGACAAGAUCCAACACCUCGAAAACCCCCUGGGGUUGGAGGACGUCCGGGUGUUUCUGGGCGCGCUGGGCAUGUCGGGAUUGACGGCGUACUCGUCCUUCUACGAGAUCGGGCAGCCGAAGAAGGGCGAGACCAUCUUCAUCUCAGCCGCCAGCGGCUCCGUGGGGAGCAUGGUCGGGCAGCUUGCCAAGCGCGAGGGCCUCAAAGUGAUCGGAAGCGUCGGGUCGGACGACAAGCUGGACUUCAUCAUCCACCAGCUCGGCUUCGACGCCGGGUUCAACUACAAAAAGGAGCAUCCCUCAGAUGCCUUGAAGCGCCUGGCCCCAGAGGGCAUCGACAUCGACUACGAGAACGUGGGCGGCGAGCACCUCUCCGCGGCCCUGGACGCCAUGAAAGAACACGGCCGCGUCAUUGUCUGCGGCUUGAUCUCCGACUACAGCGCCCAGCAUCCAUACCCUCUGUACAACUACAGCCUGAUCCUGCGCAGGCGACUCACGGUCCGCGGCUUCGUCGUCUUCGACCACGGCUUCGGCGACAAGUACCGCGCCGAGCACCAGCGCAAUGUGCAAGCGUGGAUCAAGGACGGGUCACUCGAGGUGAUGACCUGGGAGUGCGAGGGCAUCGACAAUGCGAUCGACGGGCUUCUGGCCCUGUUCUCCGGGCGUAACUUUGGGAAAGCCGUUCUAAAAUUCUAG